AUGUCCGACAUGGCGCCCCAGCACCCCUCGCACCUGUCCAACCCGCUGGCCACCCCCGACCAGCUGGCCCAGUCCGGCUCGCAGCUCGACGGCAUCCCGCCCGACCUCGAGGAUUCGAUCCGAUUCGCUGGCCAGCGCCUCACACAGGCCGCCGGCAUCCUACUGCGCCUGCCGCAGGACAUCGUCGCCCAGGCCAUCGUCGUCUACACUCGCUUCUGGAUCGGUCCCGAAGGCGGCAGUCUGAAGGACUACGGCGCCAAGGAUGUCUCCGCUGCUGCUCUCUACACCGUCGCCAAGCUCUCCGCCUACCCGAGGCCGCCAAGGGCUGUUAUCAACACCUACCAGUUCCUGGACUCGCUCCCGUCCACCUAUGUGGAUCCUGAAAAAUUGCACCAGGAGCCCGUGGAUCCAGAAACCUACUUCGUUAGCGAGGGAACCUACCACGCUCUGCGCGCCCUGUUGAUGAAGACCGAAGCUCACGUGCUGCGCGUGCUCGCAUUCGACACGCACGUCGCCCUGCCCUACACUCUCGUCAUCAACUACCUUCAGGCCCUCGGAAUCGCCUUCGAAGGCGACGGCAGCCCCGGCACCGAGCUCGCAAGGCGUGCCUUCGCCCACCUGAACACAGCCCUCCUGAGCCCCCAGCUGCCUUAUCUGACCCACCAGCCCCCGCAGCUCGCCACCGCCGCCGUCUACCUUGCCGCCCGCGACGUCGGCGUCAAGCUACCCGGCGAGCCGUGGUGGGAGGUCUUCGACACUGAUCGUGAAGAACUCGGUUUUCUCGUCGUCGCCAUGAUCAGUAUGCCCGGCUUUGCUUCGGAAGAGAAAGCGAAAUGGGGAAGGCGUAAGGUGCCCUUGACGCUCGAAGACCUCGACGCCGAGCUGGAGCGCAGGCGCAUGCUCGAAGACGGCCAAUGA